AUGCAAGAGAAAAGUGUUGUUAUUAUCGGUGCUGGAAUUUCCGGUUUGAAAGCUGCCUCUGAGCUGUACAAAUUGGGCUACAAAUCUUGUGUGGUCAUCGAGGCAAGAAACAGGGUUGGUGGUAGAUUGCAAACGGUUUCGGGCUAUAGAGGCGCUAAGUAUGACGUGGGUGCUAGCUGGCAUCAUGAUACAUUAGUCAAUGGCCUUUUCCUCGAGGAAGUGAGUCUUCCCAAAGAAGAGAGCGCUCAAUUUGUAUUUGACGAUGACGUUGCAGUGACCUUCGAUAAAGACUAUGGAAGAGUGGAUCAAAACCCUGACAUGGGACUUGAGCUUUUGAUGGAAGAACUGAUGAAAUUCAAUGAGCUCCAGUAUUUUGGAGGUCUUGACGUUGCAGAUGUCAGUUAUUUUGAGACCAUCGUCAAAUAUCUUUACGAGAGAAGAAAUUUGCUGACGGAUGAUCAAAUAAGGUACAUUCCGCAAAUGGCAAGGUUUAUGGAGUGCUGGCACGGUAUUGAUUGGAAAUCCAUGAGCUCCAAAUGCAUGGAGAUCGCUCAUCAAGGCCGCAAUGCGUAUGUGAUGAACUACGAUAAAAUUGUCAAUCGUAUUGCAUCUUCUUUUCCUAAGGAAUGGUUUGAGAUGGAGACAGAAGUUGUAUCUAUCAAUACCGAAGGGAAAAAGGCUGUAGUUCGCACAAAUUCGGGCAAAGAAUAUUCUUGUGACUACGUCUUAGUCACUAUUCCACAAAGCAUUUUGGCACACUCCUUGAAACCGGAACCCCGCAAGGGUAGAAUAGAGUUCACGCCUCCUCUAGCGCCAACUGUUCAAAAAGCCUUCAAAAAAGCGCACUAUGGUGCUCUUGGUAAAAUUGUGUUCGAGUUUGAAGAGUGUCGUUGGUCGAAAGAGCGCUCGCGUGGACUUUCAUUAGGCAAAUCUAAUGCCGAUUUUGUUAGCAAAACACGCAAUGCAGACAAUCUACAAGCAUUGGUCGACGAGCUCAACAACGAUACCAGCUACAAUUUCAAAAAUGGCGAGCCAUGGGACUUCCCUAUUUACUUUGUUAAUUUGGCCAAACACACAGACGUUCCUUCCAUUCUAGCACUGAUGCCAGAUCCUCUUACCACUCACGUUGAAGCUAUCGAGGGAAAGACAAAGCUCUAUGAGUUUUUUCAACCUGUCUUAACCAAGCUUCUUGCUGCUUUUGAUUGCACUGAACCUAUCUUAGCGGACUUUGACGAGGCAUCUAAAAAGAGCAAUCACCAGGGUCCUGUCCUGAAAAACAUCUUUACAACAAAGUGGACACAGGAUGAUUAUACUCUUGGUGCUUAUUCCGCAUGCGUCCCUGGUGAUGAUCCACUUGACCUCGUGUUAGCAUUAACCAAUAAUGAUGGUUCGAUCAUUCGUUUUGCCGGUGAGCACACCAUUAUGGAUGGUGCAGGUUGCGCUUAUGGUGCUUGGGAAAGCGGCAAAAGAGAAGCAACUUUCAUUGCUCAAAAGAUGGGUAAAAUGUGA